AUGUCAGGAGGGAACAGCAAUAUCACGGUCGCUAUUCCAGGAGAACCCAACUGGGGAGUGUGGUGGCUGAAUGGGCUCGACAACUUCCAACUGGACAUCGUCGGAUUCCUGGCGGUGCUCGGCGAGGGAUCGGUCCAAGCAAAUGCGCAGGUCUCGGCGUUGUCCAGGCUUUUCUAUCUGCCGCGCAUCUUACCAGCCCCGCAAGCUCUGCUCUACACGACGCGCCCAACGGUCUUGCCAGCAACGCCUGCCACGGUAAGUGGCGUAGAGUCUGGUAAUGUCAAAGACAAUGUGCAGCACAUUGCUGGUAUAUUGCUUGGAAAGAAGAUGGAUCGUCACACGGUCCGCUGCGUUGAAGUGAAGAAGACAGAUGACCGCAGGGAGCAGAAAUGGACCGACGUCUUCUUCCGCGGCCAGCCCAAACGAACCCCAAGCCAAGAGGCCAACAAAGAGCACGAAGACUCGGAUGAGCCUGAUUCAAGCAAAGCAGCCAUCAACGAAGAGAAGAUACGCCCGCCGCUUGUAAAAGCAAAAGCUUUGGGACCCAUGACCUGGGUGACCCUCAUUGGAUUCUCAGAAGCAAUCGUCUUGCUCAUCGCCUCAAUAGUAUUCGGAGACGGGAUGUCCAUCGUUGCAACCAUCCUGCUGUCAGGUCUUUCGACCGUAAUCGGCGCCAUCAACAAAUGGAACCUGGAACUAACACAGCGCCCGAAAGGAGAAACACCACGCGGCGAUACCGUCAUAAGAUAUCCGAAUGGUAGCUUCCUCGUUGUCAGAUGUACAGAGGAGAUCGCCAGAGAACUUUACUUUGCGCCGGAAAAGAUAGAUUACACUCUGGAGAACGACUGGUACCACCGGGCAUUGGCACUACUUGGCACAUUGAUGCUCAUGGGCGGAAUUGUCUGCCUCGCCAAUGCAAAACUGCAACUACAACUAGCCUGGCUCGGGGCAUACGUGAUCAUGAACAUUGCACAUUGGUUUGCAGCUGCACUUCCGCAAGAGUGGCACUGGGAUCUGUCCUGCUACGAGGUUCAAGAACACGGCAUCGAAGGCGGGACAACGAACGAGACGUUCACGGAGGCUCUUUGGAAAGCUAUCGCUCUAACAAAGACGGCUCAGUGGGUCCCAGGCAAUUGGCCUACAAGUGAAGGGACCGACACCUGGAAGCAGUGGGUCCGCGAUGCUGGGGCGAAAGCCAAAGAGACUCAACGUCGAGUUGGAUUCUUCACGGAAUACGACUUCGCGUGGAAAGUGCCCAACCGCUUCGAGGUCGAGAUCUGGAAGAUUCCAGACUGGAAUCCAGGGCAAGCAUGGAAAGAUCUGCAUAAAAAUGGUUCUGUUGUAAUGGAACAGGCAGUGUAG